AUGGGCCAAGACGAGAUCUACGAACGAUGGUUCAGAGCUCCACUAGAGAAACAUGGCGCCGUGUUAGUGUGGGUCGCUGGACGGUGGAGUGUUCUCGUUUCACGACCGGAUUGGUUAACCGAUAUGUUCCGCAACGAACAAAUCUAUGCAAAAGCCGGGAGCCAGGUGAAGAUUCCGCAUGCCGUUAUAGCGGCGCUGGUUGGGGAUAACAUCAUCAAUGCCCAUGGCGAGAAUUGGAAGCUCUACACUGGCAUCAUGAAGGCCGGGUUGCAGAAGAAGGUUUUUGAGACAACUUCGUUACUCAAACAGUCCAGGAAGUUGGUCCAUAUUCUGAUGGAUUUGCAGAAGGAGACUGGGGCGGAGAAAGGUAUUCUGGUGAUGGCAGAUGUGCAGAAAUGGGCUGUGGAUGUGAUGGGCGAGAACUUCCUGGAUUUGGAUCUGAAGAGCCUAGGUCAACCCAACGGCGCCGUCCGAAUCGAAGCCCUCCAAUCCGUGAUCAAAACAACCCUCUUCAACCCACUGUACUUCAGCUUCCCCGAUCUCGACCACUUUCCCUGGCUGCUGCCGUCCCGCAAACGCGCCUACUCCAUAAUGCACGAGUUCGACAACCGCCUCUAUGCCAUGAUUAUGACCAUGCUUCACAAGCGCACAUCAAGCAAAUCCACCCAAUCCGAAGAGAUGGUCUCCCACAUGCUCGGCGAAGCAUACACAGCAGGCCGCAUCACCGAGAAGCAGUUCCGCGAUAAUCUCAAAAUAACAUUCCUGACUGCACACGAGAACGCGCAGCAACUCGUCACGUCGAUGUUCUGGCAGCUGGGUACUCGAGUCGAUAUCCAGGAUCGGUUACGAGAGGAGAUUCUGGCGACAGCCAAGAUCCACCUGAAUCCAUCCCAGGAAGUUGUCAACGAUCUCCCAUAUCUCACAGCGGUGGUUUUGGAGUUACUUCGUCUCUUCCCGCCUGUGUGUCAGCUCGUGAACCGGGUUGCCUUGCAGCCGGCGCUGCUGGGGGGAGAACUUCCCAUCCCGAAGGGUACGUUUGUGGGCUGGAAUGCGUGGGCGGUGCAUAGUAAUCCUGAUGUAUGGGGUGAGGAUGCGCGCGAGUUCCGGGCGGAGAGGUGGGGGGAUACGGUUUCGGAGAUGCAGGGACGGUUUCGGAGAGAGACGGUUCGGGGAACGUAUGUUCCAUUUAAUGCGCAUAAGCGGAGGUGUCUUGGGCAGGGGUUUGCGUUGUUGCAGGUGAAGAUUCUGUUGUUUGUUUUGCUGGGGAGGGUGAGUUGGGUUGUUGAUCCUGAAUAUCGGUUGAAGAUGACGCCGGGUGGGAUUCUGGCGCCGCUGGGAUGUCGGGUUAUUCUAACCGAGUUGCAAUCUUCGGCAUAA